UUUCGCCUCAAAAAAAACCGUAAACUUGGCUUGGUUUAGAAAAGGCGGAAGGGAUCACGUUGCCUUGCAAUGCGCCCUUGCCUUUAUUUCGAUCACACCCACCGGUCCGGACUCCCUCUUCCUUUGCUUAGAUUUUUUACACCCAAGAUGAGUCGCCAAAGCACAGACUUGCUCAAAGGCUCCAUUCUGGAAUCCGAUUCCCCCGAACCGACAUUGCUAAAAGUCGCCUGUCUUGACCCAGAACGUGAUUAUCACACUCAGUAUUGGCAUAAUGGAUUGGGGAUUACCCAUGAAAUCAGCAUUUAUCCACCAGAGAAGAACUAUAAAACCGAAAGCUUCUUUUGGCGUCUAAGUGUCAACGACGUGAAAGCCAACUGUAACUUUCCCGUCUUUCCAGGUUAUGAUUGUACGACCGUCAUUUUGCCAAAGGGUGGGAACAAGUCUACUUUUUUACUAAAUCAUCAAGGAGAAGAAGUGUCCACCAAUAUUAAGCCGCUUUUUCCUUACAGCUGGAAUGGUGAAUGGGCCACGAGUUGCAAAGUGAAUCAUCCUCCGGUGACUUACUUACAGUUCAUGCUGAAGCGUGAUCUGGGGACCGCGCAAUUCAAUGUUGAUAAAAUCGGUCAACCGGUAUCCAAUGAAAGCGGAGAAACGGGCAAGAAAAUGAUUCUUGGAUCAUUUGCUUUGGUCUAUGUCAUUGAAGGCCAUGUCAGAGUGGGAUUAGAUGAGAAUCACUUGAACGGUCAUUCGCUCGUCUUAUCUGCGGGACAGACGCUUUAUGUGGAGCGUGAUGAAGACGCAAGUCCAACAAGCCUUGUCAUGCAGGCAUGCGACGAAUCAGGUACCGUAAGCAACUCGGAUCUGGAUGCAACGUUGGUCACUAUUCAGAUCACGGAAUCCAAACGCCAAGCUGCAUCGACCGUAUCCGAUUAUUUUGGCAUCUCCAGUGUGCCUACUUCAGCCGGCGUGACUCCCCUGAUGAGAUCAUCUGCUGAACGCACCGCUACAUCACCUUACGAGAUGGAUGCACUCAGUCGUCGUCGUGAGCCCCGUCGGAAAGGAUCGCUCGUAGUAUAUGAUGACCAACCUUUGUGGAAUCUUCCCCAGGAAUUGGCUCAAAAAAUGGUAGCAAAAGAAGCAAGUGCAUCGGCGAGUGCCAUGCCUACCUCCUUUGAUGAUGUCGGUGGCGAAUUGGCUUCCGUGCUCAAAGGUCUCGCCAUUGACGAAACACUGAAACGGGAUACCACUCAAAUGUACGAACCACCGGCUUUUGCUUUGGCGCAUCAAGACACGGAUGUGCCUCCGCCAGUGGUUCGCGAUCGUCUUGUCAUUGAAGAUUUUCCGAAACACAGUAUCAGUACAGCAUGGAUCAAAAUGAUAAAACAGGGGCUCAGUGAAUGGGUUCGAUUGCCAGUGAUUGUAUGUCGAGGGACAGAAGAAGGCCCAGUGGUCGGUAUUACAGCAGCAGUUCACGGUAACGAGCUGAAUGGUGUACCGUGCAUCCACCGAGUGGUGUCGGAAAUUGACGUCAAAAAACUUCGAGGCACCGUGGUGGCUGUCCCUUGUGUCAAUGUCACCGGAUACCUCAAAUUCACUCGAGAAUUUGCUGACGGACGUGAUCUGAAUCGUCUUUUCCCCGGUCGAGAGGAUGGGUUUUCAUCGCAAGUGUUCUGUUACCAGUUGAUGAACAAGAUCAUUUCCCAGUUCAAUUACUUGAUCGAUCUACAUACCGCCAGCUUUGGUCGUGUGAAUUCGUACUAUGUACGAGCCGAUAUGAACGAUCCAUCUUCGGCCGUACUAGCUCAUUUGCAACAGCCACAAAUCGUGUUGCAUAAUUCCGGCCAGGAUGGUACAUUGAGAUCCGCUGCAUCGGCUCGAGGUAUCAAAGCCAUCACAGUGGAAAUUGGUAACCCACAACUGUUUCAAAAUCAAUACGUGCAAUGGUCUUAUGUGGGGGUGAUGCGUAUUUUGGAUCAUUUGGAUAUGUUUUCAAUGGACGAGGAGGACGAGACGGAAGCUGGCGUCAUUCCCAGCCCACCGACAACGAUUCUCUGUUCCAAGGGAUUUUGGAUCUACACGAAGACUGGUGGUGUACUAGAAGUGUAUCCUGGUGUCAAUACGAUUAUACGUAAAGGAGAUUUGAUCGCUCGUAUAAAGAAUAUUUUCGGAAAUGUGGUGGAUGAAUACUUUGCUCCGUGUGGAGGCAUCGUCAUCGGACGAAGCUCCAAUCCGGUUGCCAUGUCGGGAGAUCGAAUCAUCCAUCUCGGCGUCAUCAAGAAGAAAGGAGAAACCUUACCCAAAGAAGCCAAAGAGAAUUAUUGAUAAAGUGCAACAUUAUUAUUUACAAGGGAGAUCGACAAUGUAAAUCCAAAUGAAAAUUAAAGAAAAAAUGCGGA